AUGCCCGCCAAAGUUGGAAAGGGUCAGCUGGUUUCAGAAUCCCGUUCAGGACAGUCGCGAGCUCAAGGCUGCCGGCAGACUGAGUGGAAACUCCAAUACGCGAAUAAUGUCAAGGUUUUAGGAUCGACUCCAUUAUGGCUUCUACAAUAUAAACGAGGUAGUGUGCGACUGCACCAGAGUUGUGCGAAAGUAUUGCGUGCAGUUUUACAUCAGAACCUUGCGCCAGGACCUGUUCACCGGAAACAAUGCCCUAUUGCGAGGCGUGUACUCCCAGAUGACGAUUGA